ACCGGUGUUAGUCGUAGGCUGUCGGUAUGUGAAGAUGGCGGCUGUUGGUGGACACUCGUUGGUCUCAACCAUUGAAACGGAGAUAGAGAGAGCCAGGCAAGACUUAAAAGGUGUUGAUGAGAAUCUGCGCAGGCUGACUGGCAGGGAUUUUAAUGACCCAAGCCAGCGCGCAGAUUUACGGAGAAUCCGCCUUUCUUCCGGUGGACGAGAGGAUGAGCCUCCAACUAAGCGAAGACCCCCUGGGGGGGUCUUUGCUAGGUUGGGAGCUGUAGUGCUUGACCAGCAACAUGCGGAAUCUAGGGGUCGACCCCGAGGUGAUCUAAGGGGUGAUUUCCGUGGUGAUCACCGGGUAGAUCCCAGAGUUGAGUCUCAUGGUGACCUGAGGGCAGAGGUACAUGGGGAAACUCGUGGCAGAAGAGUGCAAGAGGUGGUUGACAAUGAUGAGAAGACACCAAAGCCAUCUCUGGCCUCGUCUGUUGCGCGCCCACAGCCAGACACCAAGUCUCGUACUGAAGCUGCAGCAGAAUUGACUAAGGACAGAGCUUCACGAGACAGGAAUCGCCGCAUGUUUGGUGCAUUGCUUGGUACUCUUAAACGUUUCAAGAAUGAUGAAGCCAAGCAAAAAGAUAAGGAAGAGCAGCGUGCUGCCAUUGAAAGAAAACUGGAAGAAAAGGGUCGAGCAGAAAAGGAAGAACUUAGACGUGAACGCCUGGAGCUUUUCAAUCAAAGGAAGGAGAGGCAAGCACAAAUUCGACGGCUAACCGUCAAGAUGGCUCGUGUAAAGGAGCAUGAGGUUUGGGAGGCCCACCAGAUGAAAUUAUCAAAGUUUAUACGCACAGAGUCUACACCACCCAUCUUCUGGAUGCCCCGCCAACACAGUGCCAGGACCACCAGCCUUGUGCGGGCUACACAUGACAUCAUUCUAAGAGAGCUGGAACAGGAUCGUCAGCGCAUGAAGGAGGAACUUGAAGAAAUUCUUGGGUCUCGUGCGGAGGAGGAUCAGGGCGAGGAGGGCAGGGAUGCAGCAGAGGGGGGGGAGGAGGAGGAGACGUACGUGCGCAGGGGGGUCCGCUCAGAGGUCAACAGGCAGGGGGAGGGGGGUGGCAAUGAUUCUCUUGAUAACUGUGCAGAUUUGUUAGAUUACGAGGCUGAGGAGGGAGAGCUAGUGUAUGAUGAGGCAGACCUGUCAGGUAAGGAUGACGACGACACUGAGCGUAUGGUAGUCCAGGUAGAUGGGCGGGGGGAUGGGGGAAGAAAGGUGGAGAUAGUUGCAAAUCAGACUGAGGAAAGUGGGGCACCAAACACUACAGUGGGUGGGGGUAAUGACAGUGAAAAGGAGAAUGAAGGUAGGCAGAAGGAAAAGGAUAGGAGUCGGGAGAAGGAGAAACACAAAGAGAAGGAUAGGAGUAAGGACAGGGAUAAGGAUAGGAAGAAUAGGGAUAGGGGAAGAGAGAGGGAUAGGGAAAAAGAGAGACAAAAAGAUAAAGAGGGAGAGAAGGAUAAAGGAAAGGAUAAGCCUAGUGGUAGGGAUAAAGAAAAGGAAGGAGAGAGAUCACGGGAUAGCAUUAAAGAUUCAGAAAGGGAAAAGUUGAAGGAAGUGGGUAAAGGUAAAGACCUAAACAAAGUACAAGACAUUGAUUCUGACUUGGCAACAACUAUAGUUCACAUAAAAAUAGAAAAAGAUGAUGAGACAAAUUCAACUGACUCGAGACCAAUUUUGAAGAUCAUUAAGGAAGAGAAGCCAGACAAAACACCCAGUACAACCAAGAAGAAUGAAAAUGCAGAAAUUGCUCCUGCCACUGUUGUUACAGAGCCCCUACCACCUCUUCCUCCUCCUCCUGUUUCUACACUUCCACUACCUCCUGAUGAUGCCCCAGAUCCCCAUCUCCCAUCUUGUAACUCAAUUCCUUCCCCUUCUUACAACCCACUUCACUCCCCUCCUUACAACCUAUUUCAUUCCCCUCCUUACAACACAUGUUCCCCAUUUAUGGGCUCAAAUUGGCCUUCUCCUCCUCCUUCCCCUUCUGCUGUUCCUCCUGAAGCACCAGAAUUAGAUGACAAAGCUGAAGAAAACAUGGAAGAAGAUGAUGAUCAGCAAACUGAUGCUCCUAAAGCAGAUACAACUAUGUCAGAGACACCUGAACCUCCGUGGGAUAAAGAUCCUCAUCCUGAAAAUAUUAAAAUGCCAGAGGAGAAGCCAAAGGAGGAGUUAAAACCUGCUGAGGUUCCCAAGAAAUCUUCUAAAGUCAAACAACUCAGAGAAGAUAAAAAGAAGACACCCAAGGCUGAUAAACACAAGAAAAAGGCAGACAAAAAAAAGGACAAACCAGGUAAGAAGAAAGACUCAGGCUCUUCAGAUGACAGUAGCAGUGAUGAUAGCAGUAGUGACACAACCAGUGAAAGUAGCGAUAGUGAUAGUUCAGACUCUGACAGUUCAUCCUCUUCGUCAGGAUCUUCUUCUGGUUCUUCCUCAGACUCUGAGAGUGACUCGAGUUCUAGCUCUAGCACAGACUCGGAUUCCGAUCAUGGGAAAAAGAAAAGGAAGAAAAGAAGGGGAGGGAGAGCGUCAAGAAGUGAUGAUAGCAGCAGUGAUAGUGAAACACAGGAAAAAAAGAAAAAAGUAAGGAAAAUCAGUGCAAAGAUAAUAGGAGAUGGUGGAAAGUCAGCCAAGGGGAAAGUGAAAGAAGAAGGAAAGAGUGAUGAUGAUAAGUCCAAGAAAGAUUUAGGAAAGAAAGAGAGGAAUAAGGAUAAAGAUGGUAAGGGAAAGGAAAAAGAACAAUUACGUAAACCAAAGGAAGCGGACAGGGUUAGAGAAAGGGAUGCAGAACGGCGAAGAGAUAGAGAUCGAGCUAAGAAGAAUGGUAGGAGUAGGAGUAGAGAAAGGAAAAGGGAUAGGAGUAGGGAACGGAGGAGGGAGAAGAGUGGGAGUAGGAACAUGGAUAAGGAUAGAAGGGGAACCAGGAAGGAUAGGCGAUAGAUAGUGCAAGCUGUAAUCAGAAAACUUGUGGCAUUGAGUGGGAGACUAUGGGUGUGUUUCAUGUAAUGCUGUACAGUAUAGAGGGAACAUGAUUUUUUUUUGUGUGAUUGUUUAAUGCCUUAUUUGUGAGUUCAUCAUUACAUUGCUCAGAAGAGACUCAUCAGUUUGAAGGAGUCAUUAGAUUAGGCAUAUGCUUUACAGUUCCACCUAAACUAGUGAGAAAGCCAUGGCUGAAUCCUAUCUAAUGAUUAAGAACAUUUUAGAAAAUGAUAAUAUGCAAUUAUUACUGUAUAGUUGAAAAAAGUUGUGUUAUCUUACCGCAAAUGUUUUCAUCAUUCAGUCAUGGUAUUUAGAACAUCAAGUUUGUUAUUUUGUUUAUAAUUCCAUAAAUACUUCCUUUCCAGUACAUGUUAGCUUGAGUUUUUGUGAAAUAAAGACUAAACCAUAA